UCAUAUGACUGUCACCAUGACCAGCCGUGCAAACAACAGCUUGUAACCGGUUUCUGCGUGGAGCUCGCUUGCUUGAUCGCGAGCGGACGUCUACCCAGGCCGGCCCAGGCCAGAGAAGUCGGCAUCAUCGGGAAUUGAUCUCCGUUAGAUCUGAUAUUCUGCAGAAGCAGCCGACCAGCUAACCAGCUACAACGACGGACAAACAAUAAUUGGUGACAUCAACUUAUCGUUUUGCUUUUGAUGUUUCUUGAUCGAUUGUUGAAGACUUGAUGAAAGAAAAGCUAUAGCUGUGGUGACAAACAUGGAGUCAAAAUUCUUCUAAUCAAGUUGAAGGUAAACCUAUAAAGAUGACGGACAUGAGUGAUAUCGAUCCGAUCGUAACAGACGUGAUUCUGGAGGAGGAGGAGGUGUCCAACAUGCCCACAGAGUCAGAAAUCGAUGGCGCUUCCAUAUCAGCCAGUCAGGUCGGUCCCACCGACAUCAUGCCACGGAGCACGCCCUCGCCCAGCCCGCUUCAGCAACGCCCUGGCUCGGCACUAACCGUCGAAAACUUGCGACUCCACGAACAGAAUGUAGGGUUGGAGGAGAAGUCAUUGUCAAGACAAGGCAGUGCGAACUCAGGGCAGCGUGAUCGGCCAUUAUCGAGGGGGUCAUUAGGCCCUGUAAGGACUCCCGGUAGCGGGACACCAGUAAGGAUAUGCUCUGGUAAAUCGGGUUUAGGAAAUAUUACAGAUGGAACUACGCCAGGACCGGAUGAAUUAAGAACGGGGAGCGGAAAAAGAGAACCUCUCCCUCCUAUAGGUUCUGAUCCUGCCUCACUGCAGCAAAAUGGAAUUGAUGUAUCAAGAUUAUCAGUAUCGAAAGAGAAUCAGGAAGAUCAAGAAACAGUAACUAGUAUAGCAAGAAUGUCAGCACGCUCCGACAGAUCUGUCUCAUUCAGAGAAGGAGCGGAUAGGUCACAUUCACCCUCAUCAGCCGGUAAGCGGAAGAAGGACAUAAAGUCCCCGGCAUUCAGAGAGGUUCAUAAGGUCAUAGAUGCAGAUGGAAGUGAAAGGGUGACGAUAUCAUGUGCUACCGAGACAGAGUGGAGCUGGCUUCAAAUGAUCAAAUUUCUCGGGAAAACAGAAGAAGAACUUGCUACCAUCGGAGGUUCGUUGCGCCCCAAGACACCCACAGAACGACCAAUCAGGUCUGCACUCUCGGCGAGCAGUCGGGCAUCUCAUGGUACCAAGCUCCAGUCACGAGAGGGCAGCAAAUACGUAGAGGAAAGUGAUGGGAUUAAAGAUACCGAGGGAGAGGAGAAGGAUGAAGUGCCCCCUCUACAGUUGGAUUCAGAUUCAGAAUUUUCUGAUGAAGAAGAAGCCGGUAAAUCCGACCAGGGGGUUCCCAAGAUAGGCCCUCCCCAGAUCAUCAAGUACCAACGCGAAUCGGAGCAGGUGCCGAUCUCCAAGAAGUACCGGGACGCCGCCAAUGUCGUGGGGCAGGACCUGGACAUCGACUUCAACGAUUUCGACUCGGCAGACCUGAGCGAGCAGGAGGACGAGGAGCUGGAAGCCAGGAUACGAGGUCGUAAGAAAGAUGAAGAAGAUGAAUACGAUUACUACUAUGAUGACCAAAAAGCUAGUAGAAGUAAACAUCUCGGGGAUGAUCUGGACGACAGAACAACGCCCCCAUUGUCGACGGUGAAUGAGGUCGCCGAGGUGUGCGAGUUCUGCGGUAAAGAUGCCAAGACGUUCCCAACUCAUGAGAUGUUGAAAUCAAUGUCUCAAUCUGAGCUCUUCUGCUGUAAAGACUACCAGGAGCUCGUCGAGUACACCAUGGAGAACACCGCCCUCUCUCAGUACCCGUCGGAGGAGCUGAUCGACAUCGCUCCGCACGCCCCCUACGGUAGCAAGCAGGCCAGGAGGGCCGCCAAGGAGCGAGCAGCCCAGAGGAUGAGGGAUAGGGAGAUGGCGCGUCAGAGAGCCGCCGGAACCAACCAAGCUAACUUUUAUGCCUUGCAAGCUCAUCGGAUAGAAAUCAUGGAUGGAGUUGCACGUCAGAUGAAGACCAUCAACUACUCCCUGUCCUCUCAGAAGUGUCUGGAUGAGGGGUGGACGAUGCGCCCCCCUACACCGGAGGAGAAAGAUGACAGGAAACCGGUCUACGUCCCUGAGCCGGCCACGCCACAGCUACCAGCAGUACUCAAAGCAAAAAAGAAGGGCCGUAAGGAGACACCGAUCGUCAGAAAACAUUACCGAAGUGGAGAGCUUUUCAUGGUGAUGUUUGAAGAUGGCACUGGAGCAGUCUUCUAUCCAUCUGGUGCUCUUGCUAUCCUCAUCUCACUAGUGGAGAAGAAUCAGUUUAGUUACUAUGUACAAGCCGAUGGCAAACCUGACGAGGCCAAGUUCCUUGCUGUCUUUGAACCGAACGGAAGUGGGUCAUGCUACCAUGGCAACGGAAACAUCAGAUUAAACAUCAAUCAGUUUGGCGGUGUCUUCACUGAUCAGCAAGGUUCCAUCAAGAAACGUUGGUCUUGGAAGGACGAGGACACCCUCUCCAAGACUCCCCCAUUCCAACCCCUCUGCUUUUCACUGAACCCACAGAUCAGUAUACGAUGUAUGACGCAGGACCAGAUCUUCAUCAGCUUCAACUGCGAUCUUCAGACGUGCCGAUUCAACGCCGGAGCCAAACUCAAGCUUGUUGGUCCUGAUCAAGUGCCGCCAAAACCUAUAGACAGAGACAUGCUCUACAUCUCAGAGGUCAAGACAUAUGUCCAGUUGGUCCUUGAUCACAUCUUCAACCACAAGACCUUCUCACGAUCGCCGAAGCUGGAGAACCUUCGACCCCCUCUCAAGAUCCAGAACUCUGUCCGUCGCAACGAAAGACUCAAACAGAAGGUCGUCGAGAGGAAAGUGAACAACAAAAAAACUGGUGGCGUUGUCACCGUCAAGUAACAUACAGUGUAUGCCCAGAUCCACAGUUAAGUCAUUGAAUCCUUGGUCUGCCAACAACCCGAGAUCUCGGUUACAGCUUUGUGAAAUCUAUCUGUUCAGUCAUCAGUCUCUUAGUUUCGAGGUGUUGACGUUGAUUUUUAUAAUUUACUUCAGAAGAUCAAUUUUCUAUAACAGAAGACAUUCUCAGUGCCCAUAAACCUGAUUCAAACACUGAUAAAGAAUCUGCGUGAGAACGUGAAAGUCACAUAACUAUCUUCCAAACUAACUAUAGCCUAUAUACCCUGUGGAAAAUAACAUUGUAUAUAGAUAUUAGCUGCAUCUGAUGCAAGGGUUACACAAUGUAGUGAAACAUAAUUCAUUAUGGGAAUUUGUACAUAAAAGCAUGCCAUUGAUAAUAUUUGAAAUGUUAUAGUGUUGGUGAUGUUUGUCUUUUACAUCUAGAUUUUGUCAAAAUCAAUGUGAUAGUCUAGAUAGUGAAGAAAGACUCGCAAGAUAUUCAAUAAAUGUAGACAACCAUUUAAGGAUAUUGGACACGAUGGGGGGAUUUCAAGUUCAGUGUUGAUCCUUGGUGUUGUUGUUGAGUGUGUGAAUCAAGCUGCUUAACAUAGCACCAAGAAUGUGUGGUUUACAAAAAUGAUGCUGAUAAACACUGUUGAUAGCGCUUAACACCUUGUGAGGCCAGCCCUAGCUCCGGCCUCAAUUUAAGUGCUAGUGCUAUGGCUGUUGUAAAAAUUGUUUCAAAAGGAGUUAUCGACACCAAACGUCGUAGUGCUGAACGUGGGUUUACAAAAAUGAUACUGAUGAUAUCAUUGAAAGCUCAACACCUAAUGUGUCAGCCCCAACACUAGCCUCAUUUUAAGUGUUAGUGCUGUUGAUCAAGUUAAAUUUGGCCUUACAGCAACAUCAGAUUUUAAUUCGGUUUGAAAUUAAACGAUGGUCUGUGUGGUAUGUUUCAGUACUGUUCAAAGUUUGAACAUUCCAAAAUUAAAUUCAGGAAUGUUCUGACAUUUUUUUUCAAUCAAACAAAUAUUUUAAAGAUUUGAAACACUAUUUAAUACAUUAUCUAGAAGAAAAUGACAUCGCAUACUUACCGGUAUUUGGUAGGUGUGAUAUUCUUGGAGACACUUUCCGUUGAGAUAGAAUGUGAAUUAGGCUUUACUGUAAAAGCAAAUAGAGUAUGCUCAUGAAAAUACUUGGCUUUGAAUUCAAAGCAUUUUGCAUGAUGCAUGGGUUUUUAAAAGUUCAGUGUUAAUAACAGGUGUUGGAAUACAUGCAAUGUAAUUUUGUUUACAAUGCAUGUUGGUUGUGUGUUCAGCAUGGAUUAGAUAACAGAGUUGAAUCCAUGCAUCCAAUGUAUGGUUUGGAGAUUGUUGUGAAAUCAUAACUGUGUGCAAUAUGUACAUAUUUAUACUGUAUCUUUAUAAACUUCCAUUUUUUUAGAGAGAGAGAUAUUGUCAUGUAAGUGCUAGGUAAAUUUACUGUUUCGCAAGAUAUUGUUUCCCAAGAAAAUUAUAAAGAUGAAUUGAAUCUCGCCUUGAGGUGAAUUAUAGAUUAAAAUACCAUUAUUUUAUCAUAUAAUAUGCAACUUAUUAUUUAUAAAGGUAAACAAAUGUUCCUUUAAUCCAAGGUAUACAUCCUAUAUAGAAUAUCCUAUAUAGAAUACAAUAGAAAUUUCCACAAUGAAAUUUAUGUAAAUGCUGAAUAUUGAGGAAAAUAUGCAAUGGUAUGCAAUGACAUAUUUAUUUACACUUAAGAAAUUCCAAUAUUUAUCCAUAAUAUGCAUAUGCAGCAGAAUGGCAGAAAGCUGUUAAAAUCUUACAUCAGAAAAUGUGAAGAUUUUGAGGACAGCUAAAAAAAAGAAGAAGCAGAAUUUAAAUUUAUGGUAAUGGUGAUUUCUGUCGUCAGGAGGUAGUCUACUAAUUCCUGUUACCACUUUUGUCCUUUCUCAAAAAUAGAGCUUUUUCAGAUCUGUUGUCAAAAUUUGAAAGAAUUGAGAGAUAAGAUUUUCACAGCACAACAACGAUAAGCAGUCUUAAUUGAUUGUAUUGCAGAUUUGUUAACAGUUGAAGAAAUACUGAUUCAUGCAUACAUGUGUAUGUGGUGUUUUACUUUUUAAAAUAUCUAUCGAGAAUUAGAUAGUAUUUCAUAGCUGCCAUGCAUGUAAUGCAAUAGAUUCUUCCUCUGUCUACUCAAUUUAGACUCUAGAAAAUACAGAUGCACUUGUGUAAAUCGACAUUCCAUAUUCAAACUCAAGUGUUUCCAAAGUCAAAGUAAUCUUUUUGGACGAGAUUUAUACAAACAUGUUUUAUAUUUCUUUAUCAAGUCGAACAGAUUUCUGUGGUUUCAAAAGAUUUGAUUUAAGCAAAGUUACCCCGAGCUUCAAGUUAGUAUAAAUUUUACUUUCAUAAUUUAUAAAACAUAGAAUUCAUUGAAGAGCAAUUGAUAUUGAGUUCCUCAAUGUAAGCUGUUGUUUGAGGUAUGAAGAGUUGGCUCAGGACGAGUUGACUAUGAUCAGUUGCAAAGUAUCUCAUAUAAUGAAAAUGUACUGAAUACAUUUACCUAAAUUUUGCUAAGUGAAAUUCCUUCAAUUAUAUGCAGAAUGUUGUCUUGAUUUUAGUGUAUACCAUUCAUAUGCAAACUUGUAGUCUCAGAAAAUAUGAUUCCAUCCAAUGAGGUGUGUGUGCUUAGUAGAAAAAAAAAUCCAUUAAGUGUGAACUUGCUCUUUCUGUGCAUGUUAGCUUCCAUUUCUUCCAAUAGUCUUUCAUACCAUAGAAAUUUACAUUGUAUACAAGUCAAUAUUAGAAUGAUGUUUAAAGUAGUAUUUUGUAUAGGUUAUCAGAGAAAUAUUAUGCAGCAAAGGU